AUGGAGGGCCUGACGGCUGCGUGGACUAUGGUGGUGUUGGCGUCCUGGACUUGGUCGACCAUGGCUGCAAGAAUGGGAAACGAUCUGGGGAUGAGGUCGGCGUGGGACAAGACAGCUAGCCAAGCGCAGGAUCAAUUGAGAGUGAAGAGGAAUAAUGUUCCUUUGACAGAGUCGAUGAGCUGUCCAGGCACUGCGGGCGAUAUACCUGGGCAGAACAUUCCUGUUAUCGAGGUGCCCUGGACUGCAUACGUCGAAGACGAAGCCAGCAAUGUCGAGCUUUUCCGAUGA